UGCGCACAGAGCGCGCACCGUUUCAUGCCGGGCUUAUUUCCGCUGCUCUGAACGGACAAACACCAUUCAAAGAAGCUAAACUCGAAAAGAUGCGGGGCGUUGGCUUUGUUGGAAACCUCUGUGUGAUUUUAAAGCAGGAGCGAACGCGUUGAUGUGAAGUUUUGCGCCGAUCUCCGUUGAGUUUAGAUGAAGGUCUGAGGCGCCGCCGGAGAGGGAACGUUGCGUCUUCGCACCCGGAUAGCCUGCGGGACAUCGGGCGCUUUUUCGAUCAGUGGACUGAACUUGCUUCUUCUAUAUUUGCGGGUUUCCGACUCUUUCCGAGAAAGGGGUAUCCUUUAGUGCGGAUUUUUAAGCCUCUCUGGUUCGUGGAAGGAAUAACUCAUAUAAUGGAAGGGCAAUGAGACCCCUCUCUGCUGGGCAAUAAUAAUUCGGACCACCGCACCAACAGCAUGCAGGAGCGGGCAGUACAGAGGGUGUGUGCGUGGCUCUUGCUGGUGUUUUUGACCCUUCUGUCUCUCUGGGGUCACCUGUCGGAUGCCUCCUCUCACCGCAGUCACAUUGUGCAUGUAAAGGCUGGCACAUGUGAGGUGAUCGCAGCCCAUCGCUGCUGUAACAGAAAUAAGAUUGAGGAGAGAUCACAGACUGUCAAGUGUUCCUGCUUUCCGGGACAGGUCGCAGGAACGACGAGAGCUGCACCUUCCUGCGUGGAUGCAUCUAUAGUUGCUCAGAAGUGGUGGUGUCAGAUGGAGCCGUGUUUGGACAGCGAGGAAUGUAAAGUCCUGCCCGACCUUACAGGCUGGAGCUGCAGCACCGGCAACAAAGUGAAGACCACGAAGGUGACCCGAUAGUUCUGUAAUGAGAUCUGCGACGGUGUUGGACUGGGAAGAUAGAACUGAAACUGAGGAAAAGUGGACUAACUAGCAUCCAAGAGAAAACAUUAAGCUUCAGCUAACAGGAUUUGUUCAGUAUUACUCAAACAAAAAUUAUUGAAAGAGACAAAACUGAUGACCACACUGAUGUCUCCAGACCUUUAUCCACCAUAAACAUUAGGAGCAUUCUUGUGUCGGACCCCCCGGCCUUCUGGACGCUCAGUCUUCUUCCCCGGAGGUGGAUUUAUAGACACUGGAGUGUGUUCGGCUGGGGGGGGUCACUGUAUGCAGUUGUUUUUAUAGAAGGUGUUCGGAUCAAAUACACCUGUGCAGCGCAAAUGGAGUAUAAUUGAGGCAACCAUCUCUUCAGAAACAUCCCUCAUCUUUUGCUCUCUGAAUCCUUCCCUCAUCAUUAAGUUCCUCCCACAAUUUCAUGAUCGUUCAAUGGAACCUGAACGGCAUUUAAACGUGUAAAAAAUCAAUCCGGGCCUCUGUCUGAUUCAUCAAGUGUAUAUUGUUUGUUUCUAAACUAACGCUUUUCAGCCCCACAGUCUGAAAUAUCAGAGAAUAGAUGUACCAGUGUAUUCUAGAGUAUGUAAAAGUGUAAAAAAAUCAAGUCUUCUCAAACAAGCAGAAUAAAAUGAACGCUUAUCACUUUUAUUAUCAGUGUUUUUAUCCA